GAUGGCGAUGCUGGUGAAUCGUUUCCGCGGUAACGGCGUGGAGUAACUUAUGACGUGGCCUACGUGGCUGUUUAAGGCAGUGGGGUCGAAGGUGUGCUGCUUUUGAAUGUGUUUGCUGCACAUAGUGGCCCGCGGAUCGCCAGCAGGAUAAAAUGCUGCCACUUGAUUCUGCAGAUUUGUUGUUUCGUGUAAAGGGAGGAAUUAAUCUGGAUGGAUUUGUGAGCAAAACAGAUGAAAGAGGAAUUAUAAAAGGUGUCUCAGAUGCCAUCUCAGAUGCCAUUAAUAAGGUGAAUUCACAAGGUAUCAUCCUAUUUGGUGUGGAAAGUUCCCUGUUUAUGUGGUCUGCAUCUCAUAAGUCUACACAGCCUUCAGAACUGCACGAGAAUAGUAGCUGCAAAUCCAUCUUAAAAUUUGUUCCCAUUGAGGUCAAUGACUAUCUGAAAAAGAUUCCCAAAAAGAAAACUCUGAAAAUUGAACCUGUGCGAGUCAUAAACCUGGAGCUUUUGUUUGAGAUGUCAAGGCCUGGCACAGUUGAAAGUGUGUUCAUCCAGCAGGAUGCCAAGUCACGGUUACAUUUUAAGCUGACUCUUCCUAUUGAUGUUGUAAUAUUUGCUAAUCCAGAUGACCAGUGGGCAAAACUACUGGAUCGAAUUGUAGAAUCAGUUUCUUCACAGCUAACUGAAAUGGAGAAGUGUAUUCAGAGAUAUACAAAAGGACAAACUGUUCCAAUACCACAAGCAUUUCACUUUGAAUUGCCAGAACAGCCUACUCUUACUACUGUAAUAUAUCCUGCUGGAAUCACUGAUGAAGAACUGGAACCACAACGCAAAGAGCUGCAUGAGGUACGUGGUCUUGAUGAUAAGCCCUACUUUCGGCGUACUAUGGCUUAUAAUUUUCCAAAUGAAGAGUUGAUGAAUAAGUAUCUGAGAGAUAUACACAAGUACAUUUUUCUUCCUGAUGCUGAAGAAUUCCAGGUUCAUCUGGUGCAUGGUUCAUACAACUACCAUCACUAUGUACAGGAUAAUAUAAAUGACAGUGGAUGGGGUUGCGCAUAUCGUGCUUUGCAAACUAUCAUUUCCUGGUACAAAUUUCAGGGAUAUCUCAACAUCGAUAUUCCAUCUCAUAAGGAAAUCCAAAAGAAAUUGGUCGAGGCUGGAGAAAAAUCUCCUGAUUUUGUGGGAUCAUCAGAAUGGAUUGGAUCUUUUGAGAUACAAGCAGUUUUAAGUACAAUGAAUAUUACAUCGAAGAUCUUGAACAUCCAACAAGGUUCUGAGUUUGCGUUGCAUGCCAGGGAACUUUCUGAGCAUUUCGAUAUGCAAGGAUCUCCAAUUAUGGCUGGUAGUGAGACUUUAGCACACAUUCUUCUGGGAAUUGCAUGGAAUGAAAAGUCUGGGGUAGCAAAGUUCCUUGUCUUGGAUACACACUACACUGGAGAGGAUGAUUGGCCCAGUGCAGUUGAAAAGGGAGUUGAUUGGAAAUCGGAAGACUUCUGGGUGGCAAACGAACCUUACAACCUCUGCCUGCCACAGAGACCAGUGGGUGUUUAGAGCCAGAGCCACUUCAGUGUUUAUGGAUAUGGAACUUUGGCUGGAAAGAAACAUAAAUUUCAAAUCGAAGAACUUCACCACCAGCCUGUGUGUACUUGAGACCAACUGAGAACACAAGGGUUGCAUACACGUGUUUUACAAAUACUGCAAUAAAAACCGCAGCUAAAUGUGUUUUCAAUGUUAUUGCUUGUACAACAACAUAUGCAAUAUGAUAAAAAUUUAAGACACUUAAGAUCACAUACUUAUUAAAAGGUUCACUUUCAUUAUAUUUUUAAUGAUUAAAUGAGGGUUCUUGCUGUUCUCUCUGAUUAUUGUAAAUGUGGAAUCAGAGGAAAUGCUAAAUUUUAUGAAAUCUCAUCAAGAUAAGUAGGGCAUAACUUGGUCCAAUAGACUAAAUUUAAUUAUCAUGCAUCCCAUUUAAGUGUUAAUAAAAUUUAGCUACUUAAUAAAAAACAUGUUACCUAGUUUAUUGGUAAGGCUGAAGUUGAUGUGACUGAACAAUUUUUGAUUCCUAAAACAGUUUUAGUGUGAGGGGAAGGGAUACAAUAAAGUAGCGCAGUAGUAUUUUUUAUUCAUGUGUUCCAUUCUUCCAUAGAAAAAAUCUCUCAGUAUUCUUUCUUUCAUGCUGUGUCCAGCAGCAUCCUGGAAAACAUUGGAUUUUUGAAGGAACAUUUACUGCCAGAGCUACUAACUUCCAAGGAAGAUGUUUUAAAAAGAAGUGUCUGUUCUGUCUGACUCAAGUCUGCUAUUUCAUGAUGAUAUAGAAGAUCCUAUAGAUCCUAUUUUUGAAAAUAUGCUUAAGUUAUCAGUGUUGUAGGCCAAAUGUAUUCUGUUACAGUUGCUAACAGAUAAUGGGAACAUUAGAUUCAUUGCUAUUUAUGGGAUAUUGUCAUUCCUGAAUUUGAUGAUGUGAUUCCCUACGGUAACAGAUCAUUGGGUAGGAAUGCUUUAAAACAUGUAAUGUUAUCAGAGCUGCUAUAAAAAAUGCAAGUUGUUUGUAGUAACAGAAUUCCUUAUUUGACAGGCAGCAUUUCAUUGAACACUUGCAUAUCCAGUAUAACUAAUUUCAAUGGCAGACUAUUUCAAACUUUGGCCUGUUUUGAUUAAAUAACAUCUCUAGUUUAAAUAUUCGUAUUGUGAUGCAUUAUUCUGACUUGAAUUGUACCGUGCCUGGGGAAUUUUAAGUUUUAAUUAAUUGUCUGAUCAGCUCCAGUCUACAGGUAUACUCCAUUCUGAUAUUGUCUUUUGUACAAAUCCUCAAAUUAUGAGGGGUAUAGAUAUGGCAAAAACAGACUUUUUCCACUGAGUUUGGGUGAAACUAGAAGCAGAAGUCAUGUGUUAAGGGUGAAAGUUAAAAUAUUUAAGGGGAAGAUGAGGGGUAGCUUACUCACUCGGUGGUGAGGGGUGUGGAACAAUCU